GUGGUUCGUUGUAUCGGUAUCGGCCAAUGAGAGGAAUAAUUACGACCGGAGUACAUAAUUAAUUUUUUGAGUUAGGUACAGGGGCCGGAGGGGACCAAUGAUGAAUUGAAUUGAAUUGAUAGCUACAACAAGUCUACACAGUACAAUACGUGCCGACCUCUCAAGUCGCCAAACACGCGACAAUUGGGCAUAAACCAACCCACUUUGCAACGCAUUCAACAACCUUAACUCUAACACAAUACGGUCUUAUCGCGAAGCUUGUACCGUCGCGACUUUCUUUUUUUCUUCUUUUUCUUCUUUUUCUGUAAGACAAGUACACGAAUAUAUCAUUCCAUCUUUCUUACCAUUAAGCUCGGGCUUCAAGCUUAGACUCGCGAAGUUACUACAAAGUCGAUACUAUUCCCUACAAGUUUAAUACAAUGGCUGAACAACAGUCACCCCCUCCGGCCGGCACCCGCGAUAAACUCGAAGCCCAAAUCAAGUCUGCAGAUAUGACGGAGGAUAUGCAGCAAGAAGCGAUCGAUGUUGCUCAGGAAGCCAUGGGCAAGUACACCAUCGAGAAGGACAUUGCACAACACAUCAAGCGUACCUUCGACGAUCGAAAGGGUCCGACUUGGCACUGCAUCGUAGGAAGAAACUUCGGCAGUUUUGUCACUCACGAAACGAAGCAUUUUAUCUACUUCUACCUAGGACACUGCGCCAUCCUGCUGUUCAAGACGCAGUAGAGUAGCGGCUUGUAGUUUAAGACACUAACUCUUGCUCGGGUUCUAAGCUCGUGGUGGCGCUGGCGUUCGUGUUGACUUUUUUUAAUAUCAAGACAAUUCCGAGGACACGAAUCAUAUGAUAACGCAUACCCUAAUCGUGAUAAUAUGAUCGCCGCUUCGAUACUGGGUCACUGCGUAUCGUCAUCCAUAAAAUACUUUUCAUAGGAGAAUAAUAUGAAUACGCAACAUGAAGAACAUGCGAUACAAAGUACCUGGUCUAUACCACAACUUGAUAUAAUUCAUAAGAUAUGUCAGAAUGCUGUCGACUUGUGCAGGCCUCGAUCUAGAAACCUAUAUCGAUUACAGCUAUUAUCAGGAUCAACUUUCUA